CUUCUUCUCGUACCGUACACGACUAUGUUGAAGUGCUAAACCACCUCUCUUUCCCCUCCAAAACCUUCCCCUGCAAGUUACCUCAGAUUCCGUGCUGCAAAUGCACUCGCAUAUAUAUACGUAUACAUACGCCGAAUCCCACUUUUCAAAUUUGGAGCGACUGUUUGAUUGAAGAAAUAGAAUUGAAAAUGGUGGGAACGAGCGAGGACAGGUCAGAAAUUGCGUUCUUUGAUCUGGAGACCACAGUGCCGACCCGAUCCGGGCAGGGUUUCGCUAUAUUGGAAUUCGGAGCCAUUUUGGUUUGCCCCAGGAAGCUGGUGGAGCUUCAGAGCUUCUCUACCUUGGUCCGACCCGCUGACCUCGCGCAUAUUUCGACUCUCUCUGUUCGUUGUAAUGGCAUUACGAAGGAGGCUGUAAUUUCUGCCCCCGGUUUCAUGGACAUCGCUGAUACGGUCUACGAUCUUCUUCAUGGGAGGAUAUGGGCAGGUCAUAAUAUAUUGAGAUUUGAUUGUGCUCGCAUAAAGGAGGCAUUUGCUGAGAUUAACAGGCCUGCUCCUGAGCCAAAGGGAAUUAUUGAUUCAUUGGCAAUAUUGACACAAAAGUUUGGAAGGAGAGCUGGCGACAUGAAGAUGGCCACUCUUGCAACGUACUUUGGGAUUGGCCAGCAAACACAUAGGAGCUUAGAUGAUGUUCGGAUGAAUCUUGAAGUUCUCAAAUACUGUGCAACUGUUUUAUUCUUGGAAUCCAGCCUCCCAGACAUAUUUACAGAGAACAGUUGGGUUUCUCCUAAUGUCACAACUAGAAGUCGAAGUAAUGGGAAAACUUCUGUAGAGCAGGCAAGCCAGAAUGUAAAUACACCAUCAUCAAGUGUCAAGGCAGAAAUCCAUUCAACAUCUCCAACAAGUGAUGACAUGGAGGAAGUUCACCCAAUUCUAUCACUUGUUAUGCCUAACACAGAUGAUGUAACUGGGGAUCUAAUUGAAUCCAUUCCUGCAAGAUCAGACCCUUUUAACAUGGUGGUACUCAGUGAUGAAAUGGUGAAAUACCCUCUUCCUAAGGAAAAUAUGGAAGAUGAGAAAAGCCUAUCAACUCAAGAGUCUUCUACUGCAUCUGCUUCUGGGGAUUCCAAUGGCUGUACUGACUUCUUGGAGGCCGAUAAUAUUUCAAUACCUUCUCUCUCUGUAACCUUUGUACCAUUUUACCGUGGAAGUCAAAAAAUACAAGUGUUGCAUAAAAAUUUCCCAUUACAAGUUUUGUGUAGACAUCUGAAGGUGCGCUUUGGAAUUAGUACGAAGUUCGUUGAUCAUACUGGUAGGCCGCGAUUGAGCUUUGUGGUGAAUGCUCCACCAAGCCUAUGCCAGGUUCUUGAUGCAAGCGAUGAUCUUGCUAAGAAGUUAUCCAUGGACUCCGGUAGCUACUCAGAAUGGAGAUCUGUCGUGAUCAGGAAGCCUGGUUUCUAUAACUAUCCCACUGUCCGGUUGCAUUUACCGACUGUAGCAGAUGGUGACGGCGUCCAUUGCAUAACAGAGAUAUACAAGAAAGAUUCUUCAGCCACACAAAGGCUAGUGUUCAGUAGAUUCGACAUUGUAGAGCUGGAGUCCCUGUUCAAUCCGGGAAAUCUUGUGGAUGCGUACUUCUCCUUGGACACCUAUGAUUACCAGCAGAAUGCCGGCAUCAGAGCAGUGGCAAAAAAGCUGAUUAUCUGUACUAACUGAUGGAUACACAGAGAUGAAUGUUAAAGCUGAUUGAGUUAACCGUUCUAUUUUUAUUUAGAAACUGGUUUGUAAUUCUUCUAUGUGAAGGUGAAUCUUGUUGCUCUUUUAUUAUUUUAAGAUGUCUUUGCAAAGUGAAAUUGAUUUAUAGCUUAAACUUCAGCUUGUAUUAAACUUGUAUAUACAUUAGUGAUCUGCUUUUGGCAAUCCUCUGUGUCUUAUAGACCUAACAAUUAGGCCAA